GAGGCUGAGGGAGAGAGAGAGAGAGAGGAGGGGGAGCCCAGCAGCCAAAGAAAUUAAAUUCCUCGGAGGCGGCGGCGUCUUCGCGUCUGGGAGGGCGCAGAGCCGCGCUAGUCCUCAGGGAGGCCGGCCCACCCGCGGAGGGGGGCGCGGUUCCUCAGCCCGCCGGCCCCUCCCCCCCGCUCCCCGCUGGGCCCCGGCUCCGCCCCUGCUCCGCCUCCCGUCAAGGCAGGGGGCCCACUUGGCCCUCCGCCGGCCCCUCAUGAGGCGCAGCGGCCCUCGGGGCACGUACCGGGCCUAGGCGGAACCGAAGGGCUUGAGACAAAGCUUCAGGCAAGGAUCUUGGGGACCUGACACUAUGGAGACGGAAAGCGAGCAAAACUCAAACUCUGCUAGUGGCAGCUCAAGCUCUGGAGGAAGCACUCGCCCUCAGAUCUCUCAGAUGACUCUAUAUGAGCGGCAGGCAGUGCAGGCACUUCAAGCACUGCAGAGGCAGCCCAAUGCAGCCCAGUAUUUCCACCAGUUUAUGCUCCAACAGCAGCUCAACAGUGCUCAGUUACACAGUCUGGCUGCAGUCCAGCAGGCUACAAUUGCAGCGAGCCGACAGGCGAGCUCUCCAAACACAAGCACUUCUCAACAGACAGCUACUACACAGGCUUCGAUUAAUUUGGCUACCACAUCAGCUGCACAGUUAAUCAGCCGUUCGCAGAGUGUGAGUUCACCUAGUGCCACCACCUUGACACAAUCGGUGCUCCUUGGUAACACCACAUCACCACCUCUUAACCAGUCACAAGCUCAGAUGUACCUUCGGCCGCAGCUGGGGAACCUGUUGCAGGUGAACCGGACCUUGGGCCGCAAUGUACCUCUUACCUCCCAGCUCAUCCUGAUGCCUAACGGGGCCGUGGCUGCUGUUCAGCAGGAGGCACCACCCACUCAUUCUCCUGGGGUCCACACAGACACAGACCAGGUGCAGAAUUUGGCUGUCAGAAGUCAGCAGACCUCAGCAGCUAAUGCACAGCUCCAGGCUUCUGCUCCAAAGGCUGUUUUAUCCGGGAAUUCCCAGUCCUCAGUACUACCCCAGGCCACCCAUGCUGGCCAGACCUUGACAGUGACUCAAGCCGCUUCUGGCAAUGUAGGCCAGUCACUUAAUCUCAGUCAAGGGGCAGCGGGAAGCAAUGGCAUCUCUGGGGUUGUGGCAUCUUCAGUGGGGAGCCACACUACCUCCGGGCUGAGCCAAGCAGCCUCAUCCGGCCCAGGGGGCAGCUGCCAGAGGAAGGGUACUGGUGUAGUUCAGCCUUUACCGGUGGCUUCUGCUGCCCAGGCAGUGACUGUGAGCCAGGGAAGUCAGACAGAAGGAGAAAAUGCAGCAGCAAAGAAGGCUGAAGCAGAUGGUAAUGGUCAACAGACUGUAGGCAUGAACUUGACCAGGACAGCGACACCAGCCCCAAGCCAGACCUUGAUCAGUUCUGCCACAUAUACCCAAAUCCAGCCUCACUCGCUGAUCCAGCAGCAACAACAGAUCCACCUCCAGAAGCAAGUGGUGAUCCAGCAGCAAAUCGCCAUCCAUCACCAGCAGCAGUUCCAGCACCGCCAGUCCCAGCUCUUGCACACUGCCACACACCUCCAGCUGGCGCAGCAGCAGCAGCAGCAAGCUCCGCCCCUGGCCCAGCAGCAGCAGGGUCCAGCGCAGGCUCAGCAGCAGGCCCCGCCCCUCCAGGGCCAACAGCAAGCCCAGACCCUUGUCGUCCAGCCCAUGCUGCAGUCACAACCUCAGCCGGUGCAGCUCCAGCAGGAGAACCUCUGCCAGGCAGCUGCUAAGACGCCUGUCCCCAUUCAGUCGAAGCCGCCCAUAGCCCCCCUCAAGUCUCCGCAGCUCGGGGCUGCCAAAAUGUCAGCGUCCCAGCAGCCCCCACCUCAUAUCCCAGUGCAGGUUGUUGGCAGCCGCCAGCAAGGUUCAGGCCAGGCUCAGGCACUGGGUCUUCCGCAGAUGAACACAGCAGUGCAGGCAACCCGGGGCCUGCCAGCCGUAGUCCAGCCGGUGUCCCAGGCCCACACGGCAUCCUCAUUGUCCCAGACCUCUUCUGCCUCCUUUUCUACUUGUUCUCCUCCUCCUCUACAAGAAGCCCCUCCACUGCUCACUUCGGGGGUCAACGUGGCCCAAGUCCAGGGCACGACCCAGGUGAAGAAUACGGUUUCCUCUCCCGUCAUGGCUCAGGCACAAACAUCUGCCUACUACGUGCAGCCUGUCCAGUUACCUAGCAAGCCACAGACUUCGGCAGUCAAGCGCAAAGCAGAAUCGGAAGAGGAGAGGGAUGACUCCAGUGCGCCACCUUCUCUCCUGCCUGCUAAGUCAUCUCCUGUGGCAGAGAGUCCCAAAGCCACAGAAGAUAAGGGGGGCCUUGGAUGUGAAGGGAACAGGGAGAAAUCUGAGUCCCUCCCCAGUGCCUCCCCCAAUGCACCUCCAAGUGACUCCAGCUCUGUCACUCCUACAGCUGCUCCUAUGCCUACCUUAGCCAUGUUGUCACGCCAGACGGGAGAUUCCAAACCUCCGCAAGCCAUUGUCAAGCCUCAGAUUCUUACGCACAUCAUAGAGGGCUUUGUCAUUCAGGAAGGGGCAGAGCCUUUUCCGGUGAGCUGCUCUCAGCUCCUAAAAGAAUUUGAAAAGCCCCUUCAGGGAGGAGUUCCCACUAGGCAAACUGAGAACCAGCCUAGCAACUCCCCAGGAGGGGAAAGCAUUGCUGCAGAGCAAGACAAGAAAGGGAAUCUGCUGAAAUGCGAGUUUUGCGGAAAAUACGGCCCAGCCAAUCAAUUUCGUGGUUCCAAAAGGUUCUGUUCUGUAACGUGUGCCAAGAGGUACAAUGUGGGCUGCAGUCACCAACUUCGACUUCAAAGGAAAAAAAUGAAGGAGCUCCAGGAAGCGAACUAUGCCCGACGACGACGGGGGCCUCGGCGCAGCAGCUCAGAGAUUGCCCGAGCCAAGAUACAGGGCAAGCGUCACAGGGGCCAAGAAGACUCUAGUAGAGGAUCUGAUAACUCCAGUUAUGAUGAAGCAUUGUCCCCAACAUCUCCUGGACCCCUUUCAGUGAGGGCUAGUCAUGGAGAGCGAGACCUUGCCAGCUCCAACAUGUCUCAGCCUACCCCUGACCUCCAUGGCAUCAACCCAGUCUUCCUCUCCAGCAACCCCAGCCGCUGGAGUGUAGAGGAAGUGUAUGAGUUCAUUGCAUCUCUGCAAGGCUGCCAGGAGAUUGCAGAGGAGUUUCGGUCACAGGAGAUUGACGGUCAGGCUUUGCUCCUACUGAAGGAAGAGCACCUCAUGAGUGCCAUGAAUAUCAAGCUGGGUCCUGCCCUCAAGAUCUGUGCCAAGAUCAACAUCCUCAAAGAGACCUAGUAACGCAAGAAGCCAGAGUUCUCCCCCUCUUCGCGCUGGGACCAUUUCAAGCUCUCAACACUGAAUGGAGGGAAACUGACCUCUCUUAAAAGCCAGUCUUGGUGCUACAUGGAGGAAGUAUAUCUCCCCAGGAGGCCUCGAAACACCUCUUCAAGAGUAUCUCGUGUUGCCUGAAAAUUAGCCUCUGAAUCGUUCUGGUGGCAAUACAGCAAAGAUGAUGAGAGUUUUCUGGUGAGGCUUCUCAGAGGAAGGGCUGAGAAGGACCCUUCCUCUUCUCAGAAUUAGAGUUGCUUUUGUUUUCUCAUUUUCCUUCCCAUGCGGUCUUUUCCCCUUCUACACAGAUUCAUUUUUCCAGGGAACCAGUUAGUGCUGAAGUUUGGGAAUGGGUUCUCUUGAUGAGGGAGGGAGGGGAAGUUGGAAGGUCCUUUAAAUGGACGCCUUUCUCAAGUUCAUAGCGUCACGUGGAAGUAAGUAGCAAACUGACCCCAUACGGAACACUGGAAAGUGUUUUGGAUCACUUAAGGAUUGGAGCUUGUUCAUGCCUAAAUAGGACCCUUGCCAAGACAACACAAGCACUUCUAUGAUAUCAAGGGAUUUUUAAAAGAAAAAACUUUAAUUCUACAUGUCUUGUGGAGUUGGAAGAUGCCAUUCAAUAUCCAAAGGAGAAUCCAAUUGUACUGAAGCACCAUUUGUUUCUAUCUUGCUUUUGAAUUUUUUCUUUUACUAGUUUUGUAUCUUGCCCUCCGCCUGAGAGCAUAUGGGACAAAGCUUCUUCUAGCAGGUUUGUAUCUCCUGUCAGAAGCCUGUUUAUUUUUGUUUAUUAUACAAAUAUUCUCUUCAGUAAAAAGAAUGCUUCAAAAAUUAA